CACAUUCUCUCAAUCAUGGCGUCCCGUGUCCUAGUACAGUGUGUGCGCACAUUAGCCCGCUCCUCGGCGAGGGUUUCUGGUAACCUUGCGUUAAGGGCCGUCGCCGCACCGGUCUCGGCGAGCCACCGGUCCUUCUCGGUCAUCUCGAACGCGGAGCGGAGCCGGGUGCUGGAGCAGAGCCGGGUCUCUAUCGUGAGCGUUUGGUGCCGACAGUAUGGAGACCUGCCCCCGCUCACCCUGGAGACGAUUAGGGACAGGGUUAUGUACGUGCUAAAGCUGUACGACAAGGUCAACCCCGAGAAGCUCCAGACCACCUCCCACUUUAUGAAAGACCUCGGCCUGGACAGCUUGGACCAGGUAGAAAUCAUCAUGGCCAUGGAGGAUGAAUUCGGUUUUGAGAUCCCAGACGCAGAUGGAGAGAAGCUGAUGUCGCCCGCUGACGUUGUACAGUACAUUGCCGACAAGAAAGAUGUUUAUGAAUAGUUUGUCACAUACUUCAGAUGGCGGUUGAUCCUCCUUAACUCGACCUUCCAGGAAGUUCGGAAGAAGAAGUCGGGAGAGUCUGUCCACUUGCGUUCCCUACCUAUUUCCCCUACUGUAUUUAAAUAAACAUGUCUAUGCCUUGGAAGCCUGAGGAAUUAAAACAAUGUUCACAUCA